UCUACUGAGCUGCAGUAGCACAGGAAUUUCCCCAUUGUGGUAAUUAUAAGGGAAAACUCAAUUUAUCUUAUGGGGCGUGAAGGCAACACUGGUGACGCUAUGAAGGGAACUCCCAGCUUCUCCGGUCACAAACCUCCUACCCAUGAAACAUCGCAGAGGGAUUGAUACCACAUUGCGGUGAUAACCAGCAACCACCAUUUGAAGUUAGGUCCUACAGCAUUUCGACGGCAAGGGGUGCAGUGUGUCGGGAAGAGCUGAUGAGGUGAAGAAAGCCACACAAGGCAACUGUGCUUCACCUACUAUCUAUUGGCCCUCACACAGAGUGACCCUGCUGCCUACAUCCCCACAUCACUUCAAGAGGAGGCUUGGCUCCCUCUGGGUGCAAGAAACACCAUGUGCCAAAACUGGAGAGGACUUACAACUGUCCCAUAGACCGCCAAACCUCUUGUGAACCUUUCCCUCUAGUCUGAGGACCCUCCUAAUUCUCCACAUUGCCCACUGACCAAGAUGAAGAAGGUGGCAGUAUGGUCAGCAGAGGAUGUCUCCGACUGGCUCAGCAAAGAGGGGAUGCUGGAGUACAUGGAUGCCCUGCGUCAGAUGGACGGCCCUGCUCUGCUCAACCUCAACGAGGCAGAUUUUCAGAUGCCUCCCCUCUCGCUGGUGUCGUCUGAUUGCGGGCAGCAGCUGUUGGACCGACUGGAGACGUUGCGGAUAGAGACUCAUAUUGAGGAUCACAAAAACGGGCAUGCAAACGGGCAUGCUGGUGGGCUACCUAACGGAACUAGCAAGCCUCAGAGGAAUGGCACAUUGGGAAUGAAGGACAGGAGAGAGAUGGUCAAAAUCUCCAUUCCUUCAAUAGAAACUACGCGCACCUCAUUCCCUGCAGAGUGGGGAAAGACGGGCAUAGCGUUUGUCUAUGCGGUGGUGUGCUUUGUUACCACCACUGUUGUCAUUUCAGUGGUCCAUGAAAGAGUACCGCCAAAGGAGCACACCCCACCACUGCCUGAUAAGUUCUUUGACCUGUUUGACAGGGUGGAGUGGGCCUUCUCCAUCUGUGAGAUUAACGGCAUGCUGCUGGUGGGACUCUGGCUUAUACAGUGGAUUCUACUCAAGCACAGGUCAAUUAUAGGCAGGCGAUUCUUUUUCAUUGUGGGCACACUCUAUCUGUACCGGUGUAUUACAAUGUACAUCACCACUCUGCCUGUUCCUGGGAUGCACUUCAAAUGCUCUCCAAAGCUUCUCGGGAACUGGGAGGCACAGGCAAGGAGAAUAAUGAAGAUGAUUGCUGGUGGGGGCCUAUCCAUCACAGGUUCUCACAACAUGUGUGGAGAUUAUCUGUACAGUGGCCACACAGUCAUGUUAACGCUAACGUACCUCUUCAUCAAAGAGUAUUCCCCCAAGCGGUUCUGGUGGUACCUGUGGUUUUGUUGGACAUUGAGCGCUGUAGGGAUUUUUUGCAUCCUUCUUGCCCACGACCACUACACUGUGGAUGUGGUGGUUGCAUACUUUAUCACUACACGCCUCUUUUGGUGGUACCACACUAUGGCUAACCAGCAGUCGCUGAAGGAGACGUCGCAGGGUAACCCAUUCUCCCGGGUUUGGUGGUACAGACUGUUCAAAUACUUUGAAGAGAACGUCAACGGCAUGGUCCCUCGCAACUAUCAGCAGCCAUUGUCAUGGCGAUCGUUGCAGUGGAACCGGGGUGUGAAGUACAGCAAACUGGAAAUCCAGUGACCCUAAUGUCACAGCAGCAUAGGACUAUGACUUCCAUAAGUGCUGUUUUUACCCAUGGAACAUGGAGCACUCUUAAAUGUAGCGCUGUCCUGUCACCUCUAGUAACAGACACAUCCCUGUCCAAAUGGGUAGCACUGUGACCCACCUAGUAUUUUUUUUUUACUCUUUUUUACAUUUUCUCUUUUCCUCUUUCUCCUAGGUUUUGCCGACACAGAGCACUAAUUUAUAUAUGUUUUGUGUAUUUUCGCUUUGUUGGGCCACAACAGUUCAUGAAACAUUUUGACAAACUAAAACUCAAAGAUUUUUUUUUUGGCCGCAAGGACUCAAAUACUUUUUUUUUCCCUUUCUGCACAAAACCAUAAGUAAUGUUCUUGUCCAACAAGUAUUUCUUCUUUUUCUUUUUACAUUUUUUUUUUCUUUAAUAGCAAAUUACUUUUUUUAAACUGUCCUUGCUAAAAUGAGACAAAGGUGCAAAAAAUAUUUUUUUUAAGUAUGUCAAACUUUAUUUUUCAAAAACUAAUGAUGUCCAACAAAAUAUUUUUAGAUUUUUACCUUUUUCAACGUGAAUAAUUGAGAGCAUAAGAAUCGAAUGUGGUAAAACAUUAUUACAGUGCCUUUCUUAGCUUGAUUGUAAAACAGUUCAAGUACAAUGUGUCUUGUGUCUCCUUGCCGCGGCUGUGACCACGCUAUGUUACAGGUUGGUACAUAGUUAACAGUCUCGUUCCCAUGAAUGUAAAAACAACUACGCCAGCCUUACCAGAAAAUUGGUGUUCCCAAAAUGAAGUGCAGUGAAAUGUCCUGUUUAUUUAUUAAUGCUUUAUGAUGUCAGUUUGUGCUUAGUUUGUUAAUGCUAUUCUAAUAGAAAAAAUAAUGACUGUUAAUUGUAUUUUCAUUUAAAAUGAUAUUUUUACCAAUCUGUCUUUUACCAACCCAAGUCAUGUUCAUAGCCCGAUCACUGAUCCUCAAUUGUCUGCUUGUUUUACUUUCCUCCUCCACAUUAUCUGCAUCUUACAUCACUGCCUGGUAAAAUUGUAGAAGACAUGUCUAAUACCACUUUCACUUUGUUGGCUCAACCAGGGUUGACUUGUUUUAAAAGGGUUAUCCUAGGUUGAUCGACUAGGCUUCACGACCCAGGUCUAGAGGUCAGUUGGACACGGGCUGAUUUCAGUCUAAACUGCACACAACCAGUGUUGCUAACAAUCCCGGCGACGCAAAUUGUAGUUGCCGUCUAAUCUGAUCAAAAAGCCGUUAGAAUUGUUCUUCUAUAAACAUGGGUGAGCAGCGCUCAACGGGUUGAUGCAUGAACUACAAAAAACAUAAAGCUAAAACCUCUUGAUUGCCCCCUGGUGGCUGCCACCUCAGUGUUAGCAGAUAGGACAUGGGCCAAGCUUAAAAAAUAUAUAUAUAAAUACACUAUAGCAAUACAUUUUCCCAAAGAUUUCUCAAAGUUUUAGGUAGUUCUUGUCACACUUAUCGUUUGUUUGUACAAGCGUUAUUUUCCAGCAUCAUGUGACAGACUGGGAGUUGUAAUUCCACUGUUUGGCCAAUGUUCCAAAGGCACAUCCUGGAGGCCUGCUGUACUCCUUUUGAUGUAUAAUUAAACCUGGAUACAGCGUU